ACCAAAAAACGUAUAGUAGACUGUGUGUGCACCUGCAAUUCAAAAAGUGCAAUGUGAGACAGGUGCUGUGAUCCUUAAGAGCUCCACCUUUUGUGUGACUCAAGGCAGACAAACAAGGAAACAGCCCAGGGCUUGUUAAACCUCCUUCCUGACAAGAAAGACAGAAAUCCACAACAACAUUCCCCUUCGGACCAACAUCAGACAUCCACCGACAAAGGAGAGCUUCAGGUGGGAGUGCUGGGACUGGAAUACUACCACUCACACCAGCAGCUGACUCCACACACGGAAUAAGAGUUUUAAAAAAUCCCAGCUAGAACUGAAAGUAACUUUGAAGGAAGUUUCUCGGAGGAAGGAGUAGCACCAUCUCCUGUCUGCCUUUCUGUGUUUUCAGCGUCACUCAGAGGACAAUGGCUACUACCUCAGAGGAGGAUUUCUGCUGUCCGGCCUGCCAUGACAUCUUUAAAGAUCCUGUCCUCCUGUCAUGUAGCCACAGCUUCUGUAAAGCCUGUCUGCAGAGCUGGUGGAGAGGGAAACAUAUCCUACAGUGUCCAGUUUGUCGAACAGAAUCUCAGUGGAGUAAUCCACCUCGCAACUUGGCGUUAAAGAAUGUGUGCGAGUCGUUUUUGCGACAGAGAGGUCAAGGAACCUCAUUGGGGUCUGUGGCGCUCUGUUGUCUGCACUCUGAGAAACUCAAACUGUUUUGUCUGGACCAUCAGCAGCCAGUGUGUGUCGUCUGUCGAGAUGCGAAAAUACACACUGACCACAGCUUCAGGCCCAUCGAGGAGGCCGCACAGGAUCAAAGAGAGCAGCUCCAGAAAUCCCUGAAACCCUUCCAGGACAAGUUAAAGGUGUUUGAGGAAGUUAAAGUGAACUUUAAUCAAACAGCAGAACACAUCAGGGUCCAGGCCCGACACACAGAGAGGCAGAUUAAGGAAGCUUUUCUGAAGCUUCACAAGUUUCUACAAGAGGAAGAGGAGGCCAGGAUGGCUGCACUGUGGGAGGAAGAGGAGCAGAAGAGACAGAUGAUGGAGGAGAAGUUUGAAGGUCUGAGCAGAAAUAUAGCAGCUCUUUCGGACACAGUCAGAGCCACAGGGAAGGAUCUGAAAUCUGACGACAUAUCAUUCCUGAAGAACUACAAGGCUGCAGUUAAAAGAGUCCAGCAGUGCCCCCUACUCGAUGAUCCACAGCUGCCCUCAGGAGCUCUGAUAGACGUGGCCAAACACCUGGGCAACCUGACCUUCAACAUCUGGAAUAAGAUGAAGGACGUAGUCUCUUACAGUCCUGUGAUUCUGGAUCCAAACACUGCCAAUCCAGAACUCAUUCUGUCUGAAGAUCUGACCAGUGUCAAACAUGGAAAGAGACAGCAGCUUCCCGAAAACCCAGAGAGGUUUGAGUACUGGGAUUCUGUCCUGGGCUCAGGAUUUACCUCAGGGACUCACAGCUGGGAUGUUGAGGUUGGAGACAACAAAGACUGGGAGCUGGGGGUGUUAACAGAGUCCAUUUGUAGGCAGGGAUUUGUGGGCUCUACAGUGUGGAGUGUAGACUUCAGUGAUGUUGGAUACAGAGCGUACUCCCCAACAGAUAAAUACACUGACCUCCCAGUCAGACAGAAGCUCCAGAGGAUCAGAGUUCAUCUGGACUGGGACAAAGGAGAGCUGUCCUUUUCUGAUCCUGAUUCUAACACUCACUUACACACCUUCACACACACUUUCACAGAGAAAUUGUGCCCGUACCUUUGCACCAGGAAUACAUUCCCUCUGAAGAUAUCGCCGGUAAAGGUCUCUGUAACCGUGGGAAGUUCAGAGAUCAGUUAGAGGACAAGACAAUGAUAGACUGUGUCAGUCUGGUGUGUGUUUCUUGUUUCAGUCUGUUUUCCCUGUUAGUUUGUAGUCUACUCUGUGCCUUUAGUGCUGUUCAGUCUGUUUCCUGUUUAGUUUGGUUUUGAUCUGUGCCUGCCUUAGUUCCUGUUAUGAUCCCUGUGUUAUAGUCGGUCGGUGUUUGUCUGUUUACAUGGGGUUCUGUUUGUAUGGGAUAGAUCCUUGUCUGGUAUUUUGUAACAUGUGUUCUGUCUGUUCCCCCAGUAAUCCCUCUGCAUGCCUGACUCUCAGUUUUCCCCUGCUGUCCCUCUGCCUGUCUCGUUAGUCCUGAUCCCUGUCACCUGUGUUGCUCCUGCCUGCUCCUUAGUCCCUAGUGUUAAAUGUUUGCUGUUUCUGUUCAGUCUCUGUCCGGUCAUUGUCCUGUGUAGUGUGAUGUAUGUUCUGUCUGUUGUUGGAACUACCGUUUCAAUCAUUUUGGAUUUACUAGUCUAGGCAACCUCUAAGCUUUAUUACUUGUUUUGUUUGGAUUAAAAUCCCUGAAUUUGA